AUGCCUCUGAUGAUGGAUUCGAGUGAGAAUCCGAAACGUCAGGCCAAUAAAUUUCUUGUUCCAGUGAUCGCAUCUUCAUCUUCUGAAUCGUUACGGUCCCCACUUCAGCACCAAUUUGAAGAUGUAAAGGGCAGUCAUCCUACUGACCCUACUGUAUGGAUCGGCGACUUGGACGGUGUACAAGAAACAGGCGCAAAGACUCAACCACUUCCACCCCAGCUGCCCCUGACGGAUAGUGAAGCUGAGGUGGCAGGACCGGAUCCCGGACACUGA